AUGGUUUCCGAAUUAUUCAACGAAAAGGCUGCUGCAGUUAAGCAAUUGAAACAAAGGCCAACUGAUGAUGAAUUGCUUGAGUUGUACGGAUUGUUCAAGCAGGCCACUGUUGGAGACAACACUACUGAGAGACCUGGUGUGUUUGAUUUCAAGGGCAAGUAUAAGUGGGAUGCCUGGAAGAAGUUGGAAGGACUAUCCCAGGAGGAAGCAGAAAAGAAAUACAUUGAAUUUGCCGACAAGCUCAUUGAGAAGUACAAUUAA